AUGGGGCACCAGAGGACGAAUUGCCCCCAACAGAAAAAAGCACAGCAGAAGGAACAAGAAGCACAAGAGAAGGAACAGAAAGAAAAUGUAGAAGAGGAGGCACCCUCAGCCACGGAGGCUAUUACACAGAAGGCUGUCACUGACUCAGAACAAAUCGAAAAACCAGUCGAAGCGACACCGUCAGUAGAAGGAAUGGACUUCGAGACGGUGUCGCGAAAAAGGCGAAAGAAAGCAGUGGAGUCGCCUACUAAAGAGGCAGCUCCGAAAACCAAAGAAAGAAAAAAAAAAGAAUUUGCGAAGCUGUUCAAUAAUGAAGAAUUAGGCAAUAAGAAGCCAACACAACUUCUUCGGAGGAUGAACGAACUUCUUGGAGAUCAACAAAUAGAAGAAUCUUACCUCAAAGAGGUUUUCUUUACUAAAUUGCCUUACAAGACACAAACCUUGCUUUCGGCUGUGAAAAAGCAAAACUCUCUUCAACAAUUGGCAGAUUUAGCAGAUGGCAUUUUGGAAUUGUCAUCUAGAGAGUCUGUAAAUGCAAUUCCUUCAAUCUCCGAUGAAAUACAAGCAUUGAAGGAGAGUUAUGAAAAACAAUUUGAGUUAUUGACGAAAAAAAUUGAAAGUCUUCAGUUCGAAAGAGACAGUCAGUCAAAUACAAGAAACACAAGACGACGAAGGAGAUCGAAAAGUCCCAAAAGAAACGCCAUAUGCUGGUACCAUACAAAGUUUGGUGACAAAUAUUAUCGCUGUGUGAAACCAUGUUCAUUUAAUUUUUUGAACAAAAAGAAAGUCGGAAAACUUCUCAACCACGGAUUUGAUGCGACGAAAUCUGUGGAUAGCUUAAAUAAAAGUCGCGUAUUUUUCGUUUUUGACACGAACUCUAAAGAAAGGUUUGUGGUUGAUACAGGAGCAGCUUGUUUAAUUUGGCCUGUAAAACUUUUAAAAGAAAAACCAAAGCCUGUAUAUUUGACUCUUCAAGCAGCUAAUCAAUCUGAAAUCCAAACAUUUGGAGAGAUUAACCUAACUCUCAAUAUAAAUCUACGAAGAGAAUUUAAGUGGAUCUUCAUAGUAGCGGAUCUACCUUACCCAAUAUUAGGGGCAAAUUUUCUCGCACACUACAAUUUAAUGGUAGAUAUAAAGAAACAAAAACUGAUAGACACAGAAACUUCAUUAAAAAUCCAAGGAAUGAGAUGCAGAAAGGUCACAGACAGUCCAUUGUAUUUCAUAGCAUCCUCAGAAAAUCGGUGUCACAGGUUGUUGAAUAAUUAUCCUAAAAUUACGACACAAUUAGCUCUAAAUACUAAGUGUAUGCAUUCAGUAACACAUCACAUCAUCACACAAGGACCUCCAAGUUUUUCCAAGCUGAGAAGACUAUCUCCGGAAAAAUUGAAGAUUGCAAAGGCCGAGUUUAGUCAUAUGUUGGACCUUGGUAUAAUUCGUCCUUCAAGUAGUAGCUGGUCAACUCCAUUAGUUAUGGUAAAAAAAAAUCUCAUUGACUGGCGUCCUUGUGGAGAUUUUAGACAACUUAACGCAAAACUGAAAGCAGACAAAUAUCCAAUUCCUCAUAUUAUGGAAUUUGCAACUUCUUUGAAUGGUUGCACUGUUUUUUCGAAAAUUGAUUUAGUUAGAGCAUACAAUCAAAUUCCUGUGGAAGAAAAAGAUAUACCGAAAACUGGAUUUAGUAAUAAUAGUACACCCCUCCCACAUGAUGAAUGGAAUAACAUAGUCAUUACAAGUAAAGAGAAGUACAUGAAGUACCAGAGAUAUAACAGUGGUGACGAGGAUUUAAACAACUCACGAGGAAUUAACAACUUACAAGAAGUAACAAACUCACAAAGGUUUUUGUUGUGUGAAUUUUACGAAAAAAUCAUAAAAUUAUGGAAAAAUUUGUUUGCCAGUUUGCUCAAGUUGCAAAAACAGCAACAACAGCAGCAUCUACAGCUGCAAAAACAACGGCUGAAGCAACAACAACAACAACUGAAAGAACAACAGCAGAUACAACUGCACGAGCAACAACAGAAGUAA